GUGUCAACAUGCUGUCUCGUUUGUUCAUAGCAGGCAGAGCGAGAUGGCUUGUUGAUUCUGCUCGCGAGCAAACGUGCGUGUGACAGUGAACGUUAAAAAACAUCUAUCCCGCAGCGCAGAAAAAGAUAGAUGUAACGCACGCACGCCACAACGCGUCAACCGACUCGAGCGGUCACGUUCCACUCGCUUCACUUAAGUUGCAGGAAGUGACGUCACAGGUUUAUAAAGUUUUCACGCAAUCGUUUUCCUGACUUCUUCUUCGAUUUCACUCAAUUGCAAACAGCUUCGCGUCCUGUCGCGUCCUACCCAGAGCAAAAUGCCGGUCACCUGGAUGGGCAAUACGUACGUGAUACAGCACAGCAAUGGACAGUGCAUCAUCGCGCUGAAAGCCCGGAUGAGCGAGGCGCUUCCGUUCAACGAGCUGUACGUGAAGGGCAUCCCGCGCAACUACGGGCCGGAAGAGCUGGUGCCGAUCUUUUCGAACGCCGGCGUAGUGCACACGAUACGUCUGCUGAUGGACUUUGGGCAGCACAACCGGGGCUUUGCGUACGUGAGCUACGUCGAUCCGCGCCACAUCGACCGGGCGCUGGUCACGCUGCACGGGAUGCAGAUCAGCGUGACGCAGCGGUUGGAAGUGUCGAAAAGCCGCAACUCACGCAGCCUCCAGCUGUGCAAUCUGCAGAACCACCGCACGGCGGCGAUCAUAUCCCAAACGAUUACCCACAUAACGCGCAUUAGGGAGUUCCGAUGCAAAAUGAUUCGCAUAGGGGAGACGAACGACGUAACGAUCAUCUUCAAGUCCCAUCACGAUUACAUCCACGCGUACACCAAGCUGAACCGUGUGCGGCACAUUUUCGGACCCACAUGCUGCAUUAAAACGUAUUAGACGGGAAGCGUCUCAUGCAGUUCCUGGAAGGAGCUUGGGCAUGGCGGUGCCUUAAUAAUUUGUUUUUAAAUUCUUCAUUAAUUAUUUUACCUGCGGAUCGUAGAUUUAUCUAUUUCCAUUAUUGAAUCAUCAAUCGUUUGUAUUGUCAUUUAAUUAUUUUUGUUCUUUCACUUAACGCAACUCUUGCACGUUAAAUGUUCAUUUCUAUACGUUAACAACAUUAAAUAUUUCUUUAUAUUACAAUUGAUGUUAUUUACCUCUGUAUCAAAAAUUAAAAGCUUUAAGCGCCUUUAUUAAUGCAAUGAUUUUUAAAUCAAUCGACUAAUCAAACCAUUUUGAAUUUAGCGAAUAAAGAUUGAAUUUAAUUUCAUGUUGAACUAUUAA